AUCACGUGAGUGUCCAAAAUGGCUGCGCCCUGUUGAUUUCAUCUGGUAUUGCCCCUUGUUUUUUUACGCACCUUUUCUCCCUAAUAUUUACUUAUAAUUUUGUUUAAUAUGAUACAUAUAACUAUACCUUCGUUUCAGAAGGUUGAAGACGAAAAUGGAAGCUAUACUGUAUUCUGUAUUGAAAUCAGUGUUGCUGGGAAAUUCCAUGAACUUGAAAAAAGAUAUACUGAAUUUGAAGUGCUCCACAAAAAACUAAAGAAACAGAAGAUACAAGUACCAGAGUUUCCUCCCAAAAAAGUGUUGAAAUUUAAUCAUAAAAUACUAGAACACAGGAGACAGGGUCUUGAAACUUAUCUCCAGGGAGUUUUAGCCAAUGAAAAGAUUCCUAAAUCAGUUAUCUCAUUUUUGCAAGUAAAACUACCUGACAAUAACUAUGGAAGCUUUGAGUCUUUAGAAAAUCUUGAUGAGGAACUGAAGCUGAACCAUCAACCUGUUAUAGCAUUCACCAGCGAUCCUUUCCUUCAAGAUCCUCCAACAGGUACAUUGCCAGACAUAAUCAAUCAGGGAGUCAACAUGGGGCUUUAUGGAUCCAUGGAGGACAUAACAUGAGAAACGAGUUGUUGGCAAAUUUAGAAAUAACUGCAAUAAGUUUAGUACAUAUUAUUCUCCUCAGAGGUAUGAGCUGUGAACAAUGCAGCAUAAAGGCCAAGAUGCUCAUUUAAAAACUAUGCACCAUCAGAAGCAAUAUUUGUGUUAUCUUGACUGUGAAUAAGAAAUCAGCUUAGUAUGUUGACUUUAAGACAUGUGGAACUUUCAAAUGGAAGAGGCUAAAUGAUUCCAAAAGCUGCCAAUGUCAAAUGUAUAUGGAAUACAGUCAGUACACCUCCCUUAUAUUUUAUGCAAAUGAAUGCCAAGCACACAACAACAAAAUAUCUAUUUUCAUUGUUUAAUGAAAUUUUAAUGCAAAAAAUGCAAGAUUGAAAUAAAAUAUAAUAAUGCAAAAUUGAAAUAAAAUAU